GUAGCACCGCCUCCAUGAAUUUCCGGCAUUUCCCCUUUUUGUCUUGGAAUCUUCGUUGAAAACGAAGGGGGCAAUAAAAACAAGGUUGCGCCCCCGUGACCUGGCGGCCGGUUGCCGGACAGAGCAUCCGUCGCCGGUCUUUCAUGUACUGCAACAAUCCAACCCCUCUUUCCCCUUUCGAUUGCGAGGGAUUCGGAAUUUAUCCGUUUGGAUAUCCACACUGUGGAAAAAGACAACCGUGCAUCGGUGUUUUCCUCGACGGGACACCGAAUCGACCAACCGAACUGAACUGGCUUGCCUAUAAAUACAUACAGCUAAAACUUCCAUUCCAUGGAAGGUUUAAUUUAGAGCUCCAACCUAUGGCAGCCAUUCGAAGCAACAAAUCCCCCCUGCAGCAGCAUGACUUCCUGCGCCGCAUUGGCGCCCAAGAGCUCUUUUCCCCUCCGGUAAGCUGGCGCCUAUUUCAUCAAACUCGUCUAUUAAGUAAGUGGUUAAGUAUUAUACAUACGAAUCUCUCUCUCAACAACGUUAAUUAUGAAUUUCAUAUCAUUAUGUUUCUAAAACGAAAAAACUCACGGACUUAAAGUUUGCAUAGAUAUAUCCUAUUUUUCGCUUAAAUCAAUUGUUAAUGUAAUAGGUCAUGAAGAUUCUAAGUAGACGAUCACUUGGUCAACCUACUUUUAUACCAUAUCAUAAGUCAUUUAGUAUCAGUCGCGGAUACAGGACGUGGCCACCCCGGGCCACGACCUAGCCCUCUUCUGGAUCCGGAACUAGUAUAGUCCUAAUGAGUUUAUCGAUUUUAGUCAUUUGACCUAGUGUUAUUUUAUAAUAAGAUUAUGUGUUAUUAGGAAAUUCUAACUCGAAUGAUUCUCGUCUAAAGAAAAACAAACAAUGAUACCUGAAAUAUUAAAAGUCUAAAACAUAUAAGACUAAAAGAAAUAUGAGUUUGUUCUCUUGAAAAAUUACUAGAGCAAUUGGUGAAAAUAAGGAUGGACACAAAAUACAAAUUGAUUAGUCGAUUGAUGUGUUUAGUGUUGAUAUUGCUCGUUUCAACAGCUACAAUGAAGAGAAGCUUUUUAACAAUGACACAGGUGAAAAUGAUUUACGAUACAAAAUGAGUGAUAAAUUUCUCGUCGAUUGGUUAACUAUUUUAUUUGAAAGAGAGUAUGGUAUUGGUAUGGAUGUAGAUUCCCUUAUUGAUGAAUUCGCUAUAUUAGAAGAUCGACGUGUGCAAUUGAUAUUGUAAAAAAAGUUAUGAUAUUUUUUACGGUAUCUAUGUUCUAAUGAAAUGCGGCCCAGUGCUCUAUUAUGUCCUGGAUCCGCCGCUGUUUAGUAUAUAGAGGUUUUCUAUUCGAAUCUUGAUUACCCUUUCUUAUAAACAUUUGAUAUUCAAAUUUGUGCAAAAUUUUAAGGUUAUAUAAAUUAGUUUUCGUUCAAAAAUACGCGUAAAAAAAAUGAUAUGAAAUUCAUAAUUAAUCUAUACCCGACCAUUUGUUGGAUGUGCUGAGAGUAAUUAUGGGUAGGAUUGAAGCUCAAACAAGAGCUUAUAUCAGAGCUUUUGACCAAAAUUUGUUGCCUAAAACUCUUCAGAUGUGGAGAGCGGCGGUGACGGAGAUGGUGGCAACGGCGUGUCUAGUCUUCGCCCUCACAACCACAAUCAUCUCCUGCUUCGAAUCGGGUCAAACCGACCCGAAGCUCCUCGUCCCGGUCUUCAUCUUCAUCUCGGGCUUCCCCCUCCUCGUCGCCACCGUGCCGCUCACCGGCGGCCACAUGAACCCGGUCUUCACCUUCGCCGCGGCACUCAAGGGCGCCGUCUCCGCCGUCCGCGCACUCUUCUACGUCGUCGGCCAGUGCCUCGGCGCCCUUAUCGCCUUCGCCGUCGUCAGGGCGACGAUGGACCGCGCCACCGCGGUUAAGUACCAAUUGGGCGGCUGCGCAAUCGACGGCGGCGGCGGAGGGGCCGGGGUCGGCGCCGGGACGGCUCUGGCGUUGGAAUUCUCGUGUACCUUUAUGCUGUUGUAUGUGGCGAUGCCGAUUUUCGAGGAGCGGCGGCGAAGGGAGCUGGGAUUGGCGACGGUGUGCGCGGUGGUGGCGGUGGCUUAUGGGCUGGUUGUUUAUGUUUCGAUGACGGUGACGGGCCGGGCUGGGUAUGGUGGAGUGGGCCUGCACCCGGCGAGAUGUUGGGCUGCGGCUAUGGUUUAUAAGGGCUCGUUGUUGAAGGCCCAUUGGGUUUUCUGGGUGGGCCCGUUUAUGGCCUGUGUUAUGUACCAUAUGCUCAGUUUGGCUUUGCCGAGGGAGGAAUUGGAGAAACGAGAGGACGAACGGGAAGAGGACCCUAAUUUGGACAAAUUUAAAGGGGAUGGUUCCAAGGAAUUCGAAAUCAGUAAUUUUAAAGAAAAUGCGUUGGGUGAUCAAUAACAAAUCAGUAAUUUCACAACCCAACUCAUGAAAUUGUCAUACUUUUCACUAGCUUAUAACCCGGCCCUUUAGUCGGAAUGCUCAUAUUUGGUUAUUUGUAUUUUUAUGUUACUUUUAAGUCUAUUAACCCGUUUAAUCUUAUUGAUAAUCAUUCGAUCGAGAUGAUACAUAAAGAAAUAAUAUAUAGGUCGAACAUUCGGAGAAAUAUCAUAAUCAUUUAAGAAUACAAAAAUGUAUCAUUGACCCCUUUUUCAUAAUGCUAAUUAAGUCCCUGUUAAAAUGCUAUUGGUUAGUUUUUUUUUACAGUCAAGAAAUAUAGAGUAUAGAAGCUCACUGAAAUUCUCACACAACCCAUAGAUAGUUUGAAACUAAAUCUUAAACCUCACAAUCCUAUAUAAAGGGUUCAAUGCUCUCCUUUUAGAAACAAUAUGUCACUAAUCAAAAAGAAAUGGAGAGUUGUUGAUUCAAGUCAUCUACAUACUAAAAACUCAGCUAAGAGGGGACCAUCACAACUUGAGAGCAAACGAAAAAAUCAGGGUUAUCUCCAAUAUACGAAUAGUCUCGAUCAAAGUAAUAAGGCGCAAAAUUAGACACUUCUUAUCUAUUAGUUCUAGUAGGUUGAAUAAAGAAGCGACCUAUUUCAAACAAUCAAUCAAUGAUUCCUCGUUUUAAGAUAGAAAUAGGUUGUGACAGUUGCAAAAACCAUAAACCUAAAGAUCCAAUAGCCACCACUCUCCGUUGUACAACCAAAUUUCUAUCUCAAGAGGCAUAUAUUCAACCAAAAAUUCAAUUUCUAAUCCUCCUACAACUUCAGUUAUUGAUGAACUCCAUUCUAUUCGCCAUGAAUUGAUAUCAGAGUUGAAAUCUUCUACUCGCCCAGUUUAAAAUCCCCAACAAUAAAACCGUAGUGCCAAGAGAUACCUGAAGAUUGAUUUUCAAUGACAGUCUUGUACUGGGAAGUGAAAGGCGCAAACUAUUGCACGAUGGAUGAAAUUUCGGAGGAAGUUAGAAAGAGAAAAGAACAAAGAUAAAAAAACACAAAAUUUAAAUUUAAAUUGAAAAAUGCAAGGAUGCAACACGUAGUUACAUAAUUAGUUUCUUCCAUGUUAGCCAAUUACCCAUUUACCUUUAGCAAAAAUUAAGGAGAGAGCAGGAAUUUAAAAUUGAGAAAAUUACAUGAAACUCUACUAUGAAAAUAGAAGUAUCAAGCUCGAUAAAAAUACAUACGGUAGACUUAGUGAGCUAGCUAAUAAUGAUGAAAAAGUCCUCUGAUUUUCAGAGAUUAACUUUGUUAAUUUUUUGUAUAAAAAAGGAUGGAAUAAAUUUGUUUAGUGUAACUGGUUGUGAUUGUUAUCUUUGUUUGAAGAGACCCGGGUUCAAAUCUUGAUAUUUCUAUUUUUAUAUGAAAUAAAUAGUAAAUGUGUAAAGACAAAAAUGACCUUCCUACUUUCACUCUCGUUGCAGGAAAUUUGAAAUGGAGAAAAGUACACAAAACUCUACCAUAUAUUCCAAGUUUCAUACUUUCACUCUCGUUGCAGGAAAUUUGAAAUGGAGAAAAGUACACAAAACUCUACCAUAUAUUAAUGGAGGAUUGGUUUGGUCCAAGUUUCAUGAUUUCAGAGGAGUCUAGCAUGGGCUUAUAACACUGAUAACGCAUUAUCGAUUUAUCUGAAUAUGAUACGCAUUUCAAAAAUUGGUCUAUCGAGUCUGUAAAAAUACAUCACACCUACUGAGAAAAAAGAAGGGGAAAAAGAUGAAUAAUUUCUGGAGUGAUCCAACCCUCGAUUGCCUGCUAUGCUUCAUACCAAACAACUACCAGCGGCGGAUCCAGAACACAGAAGAGUUUUGGGCCGCAUUUUAUUAGAAAAUUAGAACCGUAAAAAAAUAUAAUGAUUAUAGUUUUUUUCAAUGUAAAUUAUAGUGUACACGAAUGUAUUUUAAUUUAGGGAAUGCAUCAAUAAUGACGUCUACAUCCA